AGAUCCAAAAGGCAAAGUACAAAUUUAAUGGUAUUGCUUUUGCAAUCAUUCACCCCAUAGAUUUCAUUAAUCCUUCCACAAAACCAUCACAAAAGGCAGGGAGAAACCCUAAAGGCUAUAGUAUAAUAAAAACAUCUUCCUUACAAAACUUACAAUACUAGCUCCUGAUAUACCUACUCCGAUGUAUAGUAUCUUUAUCUUUCUCUAGUCUCGCAAUAUAUAUACAUGCUUUCCUACUUUUCUCUUGCUUUCUCCAUUAAUUCUGCUGAAUUUAGUAUGAUUAACACCCUUAGAUGCUGCAUCUCCUGCAUCCUUCCUUGCGGCGCACUUGAUGUGAUUCGCAUAGUUCAUACUAAUGGCUACGUCGAAGAAUUAAGCGGAACAGUUUUUGCAGAUGAGAUCAUGAAACUGCACCCCAAACAUGUGCUCAAGAAACCAUCUUCUUCAUCUCCGUAUGAAGGCAGUAACGAAAUUUAUCCUCAAGUGAUGAUAAUUCCUCCCGAGGCACAACUUCAACGCGGGAAGAUAUAUUUUCUGAUGCCUGUUGCUUCCACAUCAUCAUCCUCGGAGAAGAGUAGUCGACGGAGAUCAUCAACGAAGAAGACGAGAAGAGAAGCUGAAAGGGAGAAUGUGAAUGACAAUUAUUUAGCAGAGAUUUUAUCUGAGAAAGUGUCGACUCAGAGGGAUCGGAGAAGAGGACGAGCUGGAGUGUGGAGACCUCAUUUAGAGAGCAUUUCUGAGACCCCGAUAUUGUAUGAUUCUUGAUAUUGUGCCAUCAAGUUCUACUUUCUGUUUUGCCUCAUCUUUUCUAUAUUAAUUGAUUAGGGUUCUUGAAAUGAGUUUUGAGGCUGUUUUAAACAUUUAUCCUCUUCUUUCUUCUUUGUACAUACUAAAAAUUUGUAGAAAUGGUAAAAAAAACUACUGUUAGUUGUUUUGUGUUAA